CUGAGACUUCCAUUAUAAACCAUGAGUCUCUCCACAAUUUUACGAUUGACUGUUAUUGCAACAUUUUCAAUUUGCGAAUUCGGGUUCAUAAAUUGUGACGACGAUCUGAAUUUCCCUGAAGGAUUUGUAUUGGGAGCAGCCACGGCUUCUUAUCAAGUCGAGGGAGCCUGGAACGUAAGUGAUAAAGGUGAAAACCAAUGGGACCAUUUCACGCACAAUGGAAAAGGCGUUAUCGUAGGAAACGCAACGGGAGAUGUCGCCUGUGACUCUUAUCACAAAUAUGAAGAAGACGUCGCCAUAUUGAAACAGCUGGGU